GGGAGGAAUUCGAAAAGGGGGAUGUGCGCGUGGGUACGGUACCGGAGGGCCCUGGGCAAGACGGCGUGCAAUUGUUAUGAAACUCGUAGUAUCGGGAAUGAACCUACCGUACCGUAUGAGUUAGAUUAAGGACGGAGUUUUUUUGUGACGCGAUCGUUCCAGACUUCGAUGCAUUCACAAAACGAGAUACAACUACGAAUGGAACGGCCUGCAACUGAGAACUAGAACUAGAAGCACGGUGAAAGUCAACGAAGCAGUGACAGCAUGGCAACACAUCAUGAUCCUAUCACUGGGAUCCCCGCCUUUCACUAUCUGUCAGAAACGGAUGAUCGGACACCCCUAUUUACUUUUACGAUUCCAAGCAGCAUCGCUAGGGUCAUGACGGUCGAAGGAACCGAAAGACCGGAUAUUGCAUUUGGCUUUCUAAUGAUGUCACUUUCUUACUGGAUCGAGCUGCUGGUAUUGGUGUUUGCCAUGAUGUCGCUGGGUGCUUUCGUUGGCCUUCUACUGCAUCACGCUGUGAUCAAACCAAAACAAGAGGGAACAACAAAAGCCUACUUGGUUGGCUGGGGGAUCGUCCUGCCUUUCUGGAGUGUGUUCAGCUUUCUGGUGGUGGAAAUUUUUGACGCACGGAACAUGAUUUUCAAAUUUAUGAUGGGAUGCUUCACGGUUGUUUACUUCUUCCGAACCAUCGAAACCAUAUGCGGCUUUUCUCCGGAGUAUGUGAAGGGCUCCGCUUCGGAUUUUUGCUUUUACUACGCAACUAUUCCAAUCAUGGCUCGCAUCAAAGCUCAGAAAGCCAGACCGCCGCAGAAGAAAACAAGGGAAGAUGGAACAAAUGCUACAACGAACGACGAUGGCGAUAGCGAUUUGAUCACCCACAAUGGAAAUAUCGGAGACCAAAUACCAUGUACUUCGACAAAAAUUCUGAAGCAUUUUGUCACGUUCACAUUUCUCUUGCUCGCGUUGGGAUUGUUGCAGUCCAUCCUCAGUCCUUUCCUUGACUUUGCUCUAUUUCGUAUGGAAAGUAGCAACGAAGACGUAGCAUCGUUUUGUGCAAAAGAAUCUUGUUUCACGUGGCGUUUGUACGCAAACAGUGCAAUACAAGCUUUCCUUCUCCAAAUGUACCUAACCACCUACCUCGAGGCGCUGACAUUUCUAUUCACGGCGUUUACCGGAUACGAAGCCGAACCGGUUAUGGACAAUCCCUUGCUCGCGAGCCAGUCGCCCUCGGAAUUCUGGGGGCGUCGAUGGAACUUAUUGGUUCAUACCGUCUUGAAGAACGGAGUCUACAAACCCAUUCGGAAGACAUGCUCCUCCAAGACAGCCGCCGUCAUAUCGACAUUUCUCGCCAGCGGGAUAUUUCAUGAAUGGCUUCUACUCAUGGUGUUCCCAAAUCGUUUUGUCGGGGGCAAUCAACACCACGACGGCAGCGAGAAGAACAUCUACCGGUUAGAGUUUGGCGGCACCACUAUUUUUUUCUUGUGGCAAGCUAUGUUGAUCGGAUUUGAAAUGACCCUGGGGAAAUCCCAGCUCUUUCAAAGAAUAAGCAGAUGGGUGCCUCGACCACUCAAGACGGCAUUUGUCGUCGGGACAGGCAUUCCAUUGGCACACUUCUUUUUGGAGCCGUACGUUCGAUCCGAUUUCUUUCGGCACGGAGCGCCCGGUUUGCCCAUGGUCAUCCUAAUACCAAAAUAACAAGAUCGAUGCUACAAAUACGAUUAUGUAUGUAUACCACCACGUCGGCUAGCUUACUUGCCGUCACAGUGAUGUUGUUCUGAGACACCAAAGGGCACACGUCGGAAAACAUAAACACUUUUACUUCUGGGCUAGCUACCGAAUCAACGGCCUGAUGGAACCAAUAACACGAAAAUAAUAAAGCUAUCAAGUU